AUGCCCCUCAAACGAGCGCUUGAAUCAGGCGCAGAGGCGACUACGAGCACACAAUUCAAACGUGCAAAACUUCAGCAAGCCCGUGAUAUAGCCGUUCAGCCCGUUGCCGGGCCAAGCACAUCCAACGCCGCUGCAUCGAGUCGCUCGGUUACAUUCAACAGCAUGCAAGGUCUCCCGUCAAAGCUUGAUGUUGAGAAGUUUGUCGAGUCACGCGAAUUUGAGAUCAAGGCGAUGCAGCAAGCUCAGAAGAAUGCAAGCUCAAGCGCAACUCAUCGGGCUUGGCAAGAGUUGCCUAGACACUUACGCCGUCGUGCGGCUAGCCACGAUGUCCGACGCGUACCUCAGCGUUUACGGGGAAAGUCUGCACGAGAGAUUGACGCCAUGAAGCGCAAAGCUCUCGGUCGCGCGAGGCCAAAGCGCGGCAAGAGCGCGCAGAUACCGCGCAACAUUCAGCUACUCAAGCGGCAAGUAAACAAGCGGUGGCUUGAAACCCAUAUGUGGCAUGCAAAGCGUAUGAAGAUGGAGAACAUGUGGGGAUUCCGCCUGGCUGUUCAGCCGACAGAGAAGUCUUUCCGCCCCUCUCACCGCGCAGCGAUGCACGGCGCGAUAUUACACGACGCCUCCUACUUCGGUCUUCUCGAGCUACAUGGAUCUGCGCCCGCCGUUACUCGCCUACUCGAGAUCUGUUGCGACCCUCAAGGCCCGUCGGCGAGUGCGCCGCGCUUCACAACUGGUGUCAGGACGUGCGAUACGGCGUUGUACAAGCUGAAACGUCACGAUGGCGGAGCUAUCGCCAGCGAGUACCCGUGCGGCUUGAUCGGACCUGCAGAGGUAAUGUGGCGCGCCGAGGAUGAGGACGCCGAGGAAGAAGCGCCAGCGCCGAUGGAUACGGCGACAUCUGCUACUGAACCUGCUGCGAAUGGUGGAAAGAGGAAGCGCAAGCGCAAGAACAAGUCCAUCGACAAAGGGAAGGGCAAAGCGCAGCCCGAAGAAGCAUCUACUUGCACUGCAUGGGUCCGCGUACACCCGACCAUUCUGCCGGACGCACUCAAGGCGCUCAAGCUUGCCGCGUCUGUCGCACUCGACGAACUGCGCCAGUCCUCUCAGCACGCCGGGAAGGAGUACGCGAUUGAAGUGGCAAAUCUGCGCGACGCUGUCAAUGUCUUCGAGAUCAUGGGUCCGAAGAGCAGUCAAGUGCUCAAGGGUGCGCUCACCCCUGUCGAAGGGCAGAGUAAGGAGUUUAACGAGUUCUGGAGACAGCUUGGGAAUUUGCAAUCGCCUGCGUCUGUGCCGGGCAACAUGAUCGUUGGGUUCACUGUGCACGACCCGCGUCUGAACUUUCCGCCGCGUAAUGCACAUGCGACUAUCCCCCCUGAGACAACGCCCUCCCUUCCUGAGGCCUUCACCAAGGACCCCUCCCCCUCCCUCGCAUCAAGCACUCUCUGGGACCCGAACGUCCGCGUUCCCCUCUACACCAACAAGCUCACCAAGAAGGCCAUAGACGCUCGCCGUGCUCAAGCCUCUAUACCCGGUACCAAGCUCAAACCCACACCCGCCGACUCCCGCGUACCCGUGAUGCUCAUCCAGCGAUCCGCCGGCCCCGCCUCAACCUCACGCGACACAGACGGCAGCGGCAUCCACGGCUGGACCCUCAUCCUCCCCAAAGGCUGGGCCCAACCCUUCCUCGACACCCUAAUCUACACCGGAACGCGUAUCGCAGGCCAACGCGAGCGCGCAGCACAGUUCUUCGAGUCCGGCGCGGCGAACUUUCCCAGCGAUUAUCCGUUGACUGGGGCGUACGAUGAGUUUGCGAGGGAGAGGGCUGAGAGGGAGAAGGAGAGGUGGGGGCGGAGGCCGCCGGCUAAGAGGGCUAGCUGGGGCAAGUUGGGAACGAGGAGUCCGUGGGUGGCGGAUUGGGGGGUUGUGCUUGGUGCUGAUGCGCCGAAGGGGGAUGCCGAUGGGGAGGGCGAGGACGAGGACAUGAUACCCGCGCAGCGGGCGGAAGUGGAGCAGGCGAAGAAGGACGGGAAGGAGGUGAAGCCUUGGCUCCUCCGCGGUCCACACGUCGCGCGCCUCGUCACCGACGCGAGCGGGAUGCUCAACCCAGCGUCGAAAGUGCUCGAGCACGUCAACGCGGCACGAAUGAAACGCGAUGCGCCACCUCUACCGCGCGAAGCCGAGGACUCGCUGUACGUUGGAGCGCUCGUCAGGGUCAGGAUGAGGAUGGCGGGGAGAGGGAAUGCGGAGGCUAUGGCUGUCGUGUAUGAGGUUGGGGAUGGAAGUAUAGGGAAGUGGGCGAGGGAGAUUAGGAGUGGUAGGAUCAAGCUUGACGAGGUGCCAUUGGGUGGAGAGAAGAAGAAGGGCAAAGGGAAGAGGAAGCAAAGACCGGGAGACUUUACAGACGAGGACGAAGAAGAGGAUGCAGAGGAAGUAGCGGCGUCCAAUGAAGAGGAUGUUGAACCCGACUACAAGGAAGACCGUAUAAUCGGGUACGUGACUACAGGGAGCUACUCGCUCUCUCGCGGCUGUGCGCGAGCCAUCGGUGCUAUACCUCUGUCGGCUUUAUUGGAGGCGCAGGAUCGCGCGAGAGCGUACGGCUUGCCAGGUCCUCUGGUCCGUGUCCGCAAUAGGGACGGGCAGGUUGCUCGACUCGCGUAUGUAGAUGUGCUCGAGGGCUAG